AUGGCCAACCACCUGGAGCUAAUCCAGGAGCUGCAGCAGCUGGACAAAGUUCCAAGUCUGGAGAGGCUGCGAGCGGCCCAGAAACGGCGCACGCAGCAGCUCAAGCGCUGGGCCGUGUAUGAAAAGGAGAUGCAGAACAAGAAGCGCAAGGCGGACAGGAAGGGACGCAACGCCAACGGCUACCAGCACACUGAGGUCAAGAGGCGAGUGUCGUUCGCCGCCAGCGUGGCACUCUUGGAAGCAUCGGCCAGGAACGAUCCGGAUGAAGUGCGCUACCUGCUCAAGAACAAUGUUAGCCCAGACCUUUGCAACGAAGACGGCCUCACCGCACUUCAUCAGUGCUGCAUCGAUAACUAUGAGGAAAUGGUGAAGAUCUUACUCGACCGAGGAGCUGGCGUCAACGCUCAGGACAAUGAACUGUGGACACCUCUGCACGCCGCCGCUACAUGUGGCCACGCAGGCCUCGUCAAGAUACUCAUUGCACAUGGUGCUGAUCUGCUGGCAGUCAACUCUGACGGGAACAUGCCGUAUGACCUUUGUGAAGACGACCCAACACUGGACAUUAUUGAGACGGCCAUGGCCAACAGAGGCAUCACCCAAGAGAUGAUAAACGAGACCCGGGCCUCUACAGAGAGGAAGAUGCUGGGAGAUAUCCAGGAACUGGUGAGGCUCGGCAACGACGUCAACCAUCAAGACUCGCAGGGAGCCACACUGUUGCACAUCGCUGCAGCUAACGGCUACAUGCAGGCUGCUGAGCUGCUUCUGGAGGGGGGCGCUCGCAUGGACUUAAGAGACUCGGACGGAUGGCAGCCACUACAUGCCGCGGCCUGCUGGGGUCAGAUGCAUGUCGCUGAGCUACUGGUGUCUCACGGAGCCAGUCUCAAUGCCAAGACAUUCCUUGACGAGACCCCCAUUGAUUUGUGUGAGGAUGAGGAAUUCAGAGCCAUUUUGUUGGACCUGAAGCACAAGCAUGACAUCAUCAUGAAGUCCCAGCUCAAACACAAGACCUCACUGUGUCGACGGACUUCCAGCGCAGGAAGUCGUGGCAAGGUGGUGAGGCGAGCCAGUUUGUCUGACAGGCACAACCUGUGCCGCAAAGAGUACGAGACGGAGGCCAUCGUGUGGAGGGGUGGCAGGGAGGAGGAGGACAGGGAGGACAGAGAGAAGGAGCCCGAGCAGGAAAACAUCCAGGUGCUUCAUGUAAAGCCCACAGAAGUAACAGAUUCACCCGACCAGACCAAGCUGCCCACCAUCCUCAAAGAUGUCAGCAGCAAAAACAACGGUCUCAUCUCUACUUCUACAUGUGUGCCCCCACAGCCGCCCGCCAACGGCAAGAGCGUCGUGGUCUCUCCCCCGCCCGGCCAGGACGAAUCUUUACCCCGCGAGAGAGCUCAGACUCUUUCGGAGCUGAAAAAGCAGCGGGCGGCAGCCAAGCUUUUGAACCACCCCCUUUUCAAUGGUCACCUGGGCAACGGUUCCACAGACUCUUUCGGCGACACCAAAUCCCUCUCGGAUGACCCCCGCAUGCCGUUGGUGUCGUCCAACGGCAGUGCCGUCUUCUACACGCCGGCCAGCGGCGAGCCGCCGCUCCUCAGAUUUAGGCAGCCUGUCGACGAAGAGCAGCCUAAGUCGCGGACCUGCUGCUGCGUGUCGUAG